AUGGCGAACCAAUUCCCGAGUCCGACGCCCAACGAUUUGAUGAGGUGGCAUAACAGCGCAGAUGCCGGCGGCUUUGUCGACGGCACGGCGCAGGGCGUGAACCCGUAUGGCAUGAUGCCCCCGCAGUCGCAGCAGGCGUCGUCGCAGCAAUCACAACAACCCUACGGCCAGCAUCCGACCCCUAGUCCCAACAAUGCUCUCGCACGGCGGCAGAUGAACCGGGCGCUGGUUCCCACCGCCCAGCGCGGCAACUUUGACCCCAACGCCGACCCGUGGGCCUAUGCGACUGACGACUCCUCUUCGCUUAUCCAGCAACCGGGCAAUGGUGCCAUGAACGAGCAGGAUAGUAUUGAGGCGCUUGAGGAGGCUGCCCAAAAGGCAAAGCGCGAGUCGCAAUCCAAGAGGAAACAAAUUCCUCCCUUUGUCCAGAAGCUCAGCAGUUUUCUCGACGAGGAGAAGAACGUCGAUCUGAUCAGAUGGUCUGACAAGGGCGAUUCGUUCAUCGUUCUCGAUGAGGACGAAUUCGCCAAGACGCUGAUACCCGAGCUUUUCAAACACAACAAUUAUGCAUCUUUUGUGCGGCAGCUCAACAUGUACGGUUUUCACAAACGAGUCGGUCUGUCGGACAACUCGAUGCGCGCAAGUGAGCGCAAAAACAAGAGUCCGAGCGAGUACUCAAACCCAUACUUUCGACGAGGCCACCCUAAUCUGCUGUGGCUGAUCAACAAGCCCAAGAAUGGCGGAGGCAAGGGCGGCAACAAGAAGGCCAAGGCACCAGAAGGCGAAGUAGAGAGCGAGGAAGAGGUGGGCUUUGACGAGAACUUGCCCCAGGGCCUGAACAUCCCGGCUGCCGCGCAAACCACGCGAGCCCUGCCGCAGAGCAACAUGCCACUGGAGAAAAAGGAAAUGGCCAUGAUCAGGGAAGAACUGGCCAAGGUUCGCGAUCAGCAAAAGAUCAUCCUCGGUGCCAUCAACCGCAUACAGCGAGAAAAUGGAAACCUAUACCAGCAGGCAGCCGUCUUUCAGGAGCAGCACGACCGCCAUCAGAACUCGAUCAACGCCAUCCUCAACUUCCUUGCCAAUGUCUUUAGGAAGACGCUGGAAGACCAGAACGGCUCGCAGAACGUCAACGAGCUGCUUGCGAGCAUCAUCCCUGGGUCUAUGAACGGCACGAUGCCUCAGGGCAGCGUCCAUGAUGAAGAUCACUUUCAAGACACCAACGCCAACAACAACACGACAGGAGUUGACCUUCCUGACGUUGUCGCCAAUACGCCCACGACAAUGACCAACGACCAACGCCAGCAAAUGCUCAACAACAUGAUGGCGCAAACUUCCGAGCAACCGUCAAGCGGCAUCCCCGCCGCCGCCGGUCCCAACACAUCCACCCCCUCCUUCCCCAGUGCCAACAUAUCCGACUCGGCCUCCAAAGCCCCCGCGCCCGAUUUCUCCCUGUCUCCUGUCAUGGGGUCCAACCCGCAACCGCCGAGCCUCAGCAGCAUCAACUACAACAGCGAAGAACUGGACGCCUUGCGCCGCAUGUCACAAGACAACACGGACAAGAUCCACCACCUGCAGAGCAUGCUCGGCCCCCUGAGCCCCUCGGGCCGCAUACCGGGUCUCGACGAGUCGGACAACACGAACAACUAUUUCGACAACGGUGCCAUCGACGCCGGCCUCGACCUGGACCAGUACCUCGACUCGGACGCCUUCAAUGACACGGGACCCUUCUCCGGCCUCGACUUCAACGCCGCCAACGCCCCCGAAUUUGACUUUAGCCUGCUCGACGCCAACAACGCCGCGGCCGCCGGCAACAGCGCUCCCGGCACCGGCGCAGGCCUCACGCCCGGCCCCGCGGGCCGCGUCCAUGACGUGGGCAGCACGGGCCACAACACGCCCAGCCCGUCGGGCACGGAGGAGAUUCCGCGGGACGAGCUGGCUGGAUACGACGGCAGCCCGCGGGACCUGAAGCGACGGCGCGUGGAUUGA